AUGGGAAAAGUUACCUUAACGCAGGAUUCGUACAUUCGGAAGCUUCCAUUUUCAGCUUACCGUAAAUUGAUAAACUUGUUAGAUCCAGGGAGAGAAUGGGAGAAAAUGGCUGUGUUGGUGCCACGGGAAAUAAACAUGACAGCUGAUAAUUUUGAGCCAAGAUAUGAUUUUGACCAAAUUGCCAAUUUUGCUGAAAGAGGUAGAAAACAUAAUGGAAGUGCUACAGAAUCUAUUUUAAGAGAUUGGGGCACUCAGAACCCCACAAUUCAGCAUUUAAUUAAUGUAUUUAUGGAAGCAGAAUUAUUUGCCGCCGCAGAUUAUCUGUCAGUUCAAAUUCUUGGUGGUAGUCCAGUUCCAAGACCACAUACAGAUUUCAUGUCUGUUGAAAAUAAUCUUGGAAGACCUCACAGGAAAGUUGUAGAAGAUGAUGAAGAUUUAAUGUUAGAUGGAGUUAAUCUUCCCAAGCCAAACAGUAGUAAAGCAUCUGAUAAUGAGGAGAUGAAGAAUAGUGUACUACGUGAUCAUAAUAUUGUCUUAAGACAUGUCAGCUACUCUACCUUAAAAUCCAUAACUAAUAAUUUUAAUGAAGAGGAAGCUAUCAAGGGAGGUAAUUUGCUAGGAAAGGGUGGAUUUGGUCUUGUAUUUUUAGGGAAAUUUCAAUCCAACUUUUCAGUUGCAGUAAAGCAAUUGAAAAAAGACAGCCAGGACAUUGAUGUUGAAAAACAAUUUAAUACAGAACGCCAUUAUCUGACAAAGUACAGACAAGAUAAUCUUGUUCAAUUAUUAGGCUUCUCACAUGAUGGACCUUACAAUUGUCUCAUUUAUCAGUUAAUGACAAAUGGUUCUUUAGAAGAUAGACUAAUGUGUAAAGAUGGUACUUCCCCUUUAACAUCAUCACAGAGAGUUAUUAUAGUGAAAGGUACAGCCGAGGGAAUAGCUUUCUUAAAUAAUCAUGGCCUUGUACAUAGAGACAUUAAAAGUGCUAAUGUAUUACUAGAUGAGAAAUUCUUACCCAAAAUUGCUGAUUUUGCUACGACACGUUCUGCCCCACAAGGUAGUGGUUUAAGUAAAGUACAACAAACAUCAUGUGUAAUAGGAACAUCAGCAUAUUUGGCACCUGAAGCUUUUCAAUAUGAUGUGUCUACUAAAUUAGACUCGUUUAGUUUUGGUGUGGUUUUAUAUGAAAUUCUGACUGGUCUACCAGCCUAUGAUGAUCAGCGGGAAGAGAAAGACCUCAAGACACAUAUGGAUGAAAAUUGUGAACAGAUUGUUGAUAUGUUAGAUAUUAGUGGUGGUGAAUGGGAUGAAAAAGCUGUCAAUGUUAUUUACGAUGUAGCUGUUCAAUGUGUACAAAAUAAAAGACGUAGACCAGUGGUGUCUGAUCUUCUAGAAGAUUUGAGAAAGUUAUAA